CAGAUGACUGGGAGACGGUGUCGCUGGAAGACGUUGUCUCUAAAAUGAAAAUGCUGCUUCAAGCAACUGACCCAGUCGACAGAUUAAGCCGCGAGCUCGAAGAGGCAAAAGAAAGUUUGAUCAGUGGCGUACCACUACUCCUUCAGAAUGUCUUUUAUCAGUCCUAUGCAAUCUUUGACGAGGCUUUUAACUACUUUUCAGCAGAGGAUCGCAUCAGGUUUGAAGAAAUCAAGACCGAGCUCCAUCUGCUAAUAGGCCCUUUUCCAGUUCAAAAUGCCGAGAAGAUCUUGUCUCUAAUGAAAGGCGGCUACCUCAAGGUGACAAGGAUUGGCGAAGAUUACAAAAUUGACGAAGGAGAAGAUAGAUGUGGGGUCAAAGUAUCGUGGAAAUUUAAUGAAGAAUCUAGUUUUGAAGCCUGUCACGAUGUGAUGGUGGAUGCUACUGGUCAGAAGGGUGUAUUUGAGAAAGAUCCUUCCCCACUGACGAAAUCGCUGAAUGAAGGAAAGCUCAUUAGCGAGAUUUUGGUUCCUUUUCGGAACAUCUCGGAGUCCGAGAGGCAUGAAAAUCAUCCAAAUGUGGUAUUAAGGAAUGGAGCGAAGUAUUUCCGUCCAUCUGGUGCUCUCAUAGACAUGAAUAAUUUUUCUCUCGUACCUGCCGCUGAAGAUCCUGGUGCACCCCCUAUCUAUUACAUGGGACCGUUUACUAUAGGGCAGGUAGCAUUUCCUCAAGACAUGAGCGUAGUCACAACCGCCGCUGAACGGUCUGUAGAGGAUCUUAUAGAGAGAGGUGUGCUGGAACGUGACGACAGUUAUUCAGCCGAGCAAGAUCCGAUGCCAAUGUAUGGAUGGUUGCCGAACGCCAAGGGAGACGUGUCUGGACAGAUGGGUAAAAUGACCAGGAUCCUUUCAUCCAAAGGACAAAAUUCUCAAACAAAAGAACUGUAGGCUUUGGACCAUAGGAAAAAAAAGUUAAAACAACUGGGAUUUCAUAGCCAUAUGCAUUUUAUAAGCCAAAAUGUGUAGUGUCGUCAAUUAUCCCCAUAUGACAGAGCUGAAUAGCAUAUGCGCACGCGCUAGAUUUUGACGCGGCGGGAAAACGGAAUUUGAGUCGUUCGCAUUGUUGACUUUCUAUUCUGUUGCUUUAAUUGAGGCGUUGUUUUCCUUACCGCUUUUCUUUUACAGAACAACUUCCAAGAACGUUGCACACCCACUGAAUAUUUGAUUUUCUCCUUAAAACCUUUGGAAAUAGGAAAAUGCCUUCGACAUCAACAAAAUUACUCGGUUUUAAAUGUCAGCUCCUUAUUAUUUUCGCAAAGUCCACUAAAUUUUAAUCCUCUCACGCUUGAGCCCGUGUUGUUUACCGCAUACCUUUGACGUAACGUUUCGUUAUUUAGCUCUGUCUCCCCAUAUAUGAGAUUGUAGUUUUGUUGAUGACAAAAUAAGUCAUUAGCUUUUUUACAUUUGAUCUUACUUUGUUUUAGUUGUUUCACGAGAUUUUCUACAUUCUGAAAAAAAGUUACAUGACACUGCAGGUUAAUUUUUUAAUGCUGCACCUUUCCAAAACAAACUAAGAACCUGCUUUGUUCUACGUUCAGAUAAAGGUCUCGACUGGGCUGGUCAAAGCACGAUUGAGUCAAUCCAGGUUAGAGGCAGAUUUUUAAAGCUUAGCAGGAAGGUUCAUUUUUCAUUUCUCCUUUCGCCGAGUUUGCCUUACACUAAGUUAAAUCCCACAAAAAAAA